AGAUGGCUGUGUGACAACAUACUAAAGUCAAAGGAAGUGCUGAAGGUGGCAGAGCUUGGUGUGGAAAGUCGCCUGCUGCAGGCUUCAGUGCAGAUGGCUGUGGGGCUCCAGGGGCCCCUGCGAGGGCUUGCAGUGUUGUUCUUGCUGUGUGUGUUGCCCAGGGCUGAGGGCAGGAAGGUGCUGGUGGUGCCCAUGGAGGGCAGCCACUGGCUGAGCAUGCGGGAUGUUGUGCGGGAGCUCCAUGCCCGAGGCCAUCACACUGUGGUCCUGGCUCCAGAGGUGAAUAUUCAUGUCAAGAGUGAAGACUUUUUCUCCCUGGAAACAUAUGCUGUUUCAUAUACAGAAGAAGAAUUCAGACACAUGCUGUUUGCUGUUCUUCCAGUUGUGUUUGAACAAAAUCAUUAUCUGAAGAUGUUUGUAAAUUUCAUGGAAGUUUCCAAAAACCUGUCUAUGCUAUAUUACAAUUCAUGUACAGCGGUUCUGCAUAACAAGACCCUUAUCAGUCAUUUGAAUUCCAGUUCGUUCGAUGUGGUUUUGACAGAUCCAGUUUCCCCCUGUGGGACCGUGUUGGCUAAGUACCUGGAUAUUCCUGCUGUGUUUUUUCUGCGAGCCCUUCCCUGCAACUUUGACUCUGAGGGCACACAGUGCCCAAACCCUUCGUCAUAUAUUCCUAGGUUACUGACAAUGAAUUCAGACCACAUGACCUUCCUGCAAAGGGUCAAGAACAUGCUGUAUCCUCUAUUCUUGAACUACUUUUGCAAUAUUGGUUUUACUCCUUAUGUGAACCUGGCCUCUGAGCUUUUACAGAGAGAGGUGUCUUUGGUGGAUAUUUUCAGCCAUGCAUCAGUGUGGUUGUUCAGAGGGGACUUUGUGCUGGACUACCCCAGGCCUGUCAUGCCCAACAUGGUCUUCAUUGGAGGAAUAAACUGUGUCCACAGGAAGCCACUCUCUCAGGUCUGUAUUGGUCCCUUUCCAGUCCAUGUUCCAGGCAGAGUACCUUGA